AAACUUAAUUCUUCGUUGUUUACAAGUUAUACAUAGGUUUUUGUAGGUAUUUUUCGAGAAAUCAAUCAUGUUUUGUGCACAUAAGAACUCGUAUCUUCAGCUGCAGACGAGCGUCAACCCAAUGCUGGUGAACAAGGCUGUUCGCCGCGCUAUGAGGAAGACUCAGUUUGAUCCUCAUGAUGAAAUCCCACCAGCUCAAAGAUUAGCGUCGAUGCAGCCAUCUCUAUACGCGCCCUGUACUGAUAUCACUCGAGGCUGCAUGGGGUUCGAGCGUCUCGGCCUCCGCAUCCUAAACAAGAAUAUCACUUCUGAAGAUAAUGCCAUUAAGGUGCAGGCGAUUCAUACUUUGAAGGAUCAGGUUCAAAUAUCAGAGAACGCGUUGUUCCUCAUAAACCUGAACGUCGUAUACAAACUAAUAGAUUUGCUGACGGAUCCCGACCCCAUCGUCAAGGAGAAGGUCUGUUUAAUCCUCUCGCAACUUACAAACUACUAUCAAGGCAGGAAACGAAUCUUAGCUCGACCGGUUGCCAUAGACCGCCUGACGUUCCUGUGCAUGCGUGAACGAAAAGAACUCAGAUACGCCGCAGCGUUCUGUCUAAGAAACCUUGCCAGAUACUCUGCAGAAGACAUGAUAAAAAACGACAAACUAGUCGAGAGUCUCAUUAAAAUGAUUAAAAACGACCACGAAGGCAUCGUGUUGUUACACAUAGAAACCCUUAAGAAAUUGGCAGAAUGGGAUCCCGAGAAACCGCUAAAAGCGCACGCGUUCAAAGUCAUGCUGAAGCUGAUGAAUUAUCGUCACGAUAGAGUUAAAGAGGCUGCAAUGGACUGCAUGAGGCAACUGUGUAAACAUAGCGUGGGGCAAAAACUGGCAGACAAAUAUGACUUGACACAUUUACUGUUGAUGCACCUAGAGUCAGAAGAUGUACAAGUCAUCAUCAGCGCUCUUGGUCUCAUGGAGUACACAUCAGUAACAUCGAUGUCAAAAUGGCGAGGCAAAGAGUUCGUUUACGACUUGACUACCUUAUUGGUCGUCCUGUGUGUGACACACGACAUCCCCGUGCUGCAAAUAAGGGCCAUGCAAACCCUGAUUAACUUGUGUGACAGUCCAGACAUAAGGAACUUUGUGAAAAAUAAUUUAGAAAAGCAGAUAGUCAAAGGUAUAAAGAUUAGGAAGCCUGAACAAUGGGAUGGUACUACUGAGACGGAUAAUUAUGGACUGGAAACAGGCCGUAACUACCGGUCCAGGUACACACCUAAAGUGGAGACUAUCAAAAAUGACCAAAACGACCACGGGGAAAUGGUUAAUGUACCAAAUUAUUUGAUGCGAGUCAAGGCGACGAAGGAUCAUCUGCUUAGAAUACUGAAAUAUAAAUCGUAUAAAGAAAGCGAUAAAGUAUAAGAUUAUUCAACAAUACAUAAGUUUUGUAUAAAAUAGGACUCAAGUCUUAGCCAGCGAAAGGCCGAGAGAAAUAAAAUAUUACAAAAUUUCUCAAAAUCCGGAGACAUCUGUAUUUCGCUGACUUUUGGGUCGUAUUUAAAUUACUUAUUUCAUUUUCUUAUUUUUUACUUUGUAUUAUAAUUUGCGAGAAGUAUUUCCCAGGUGUAGGGGUGUAGACAUUUUUAAUGAUCCUCAAUUAAUAGAAAAAGAUCUUUAUUAUUAAGCAUUUAUUUGAUAAAUUAUACGAAUUACAAUAUUUGA